UGCAUCCUAGCUACCGGCGACCCUUAGCAACACGACGCGGUAAAGCAAACCGUUUGUUAGUACCACAAACGGGCGACACUCAUCGGACAUCGGAGACACUUUUCGAAAUCGCUACAGAGAAAAAUUGAAUUUUCACAUCAUGCUACGAUGUUCCGGAUUACCAUUCCUUCCUGGGAACACAUUUCAGGAUAUUGGCCGCAAAAAGUUCCACAAAUCGCACCAUUUCGACCAACGCAACCGAGUUUGCAUUCUUGUGGAUAGCAAACGACCAGGGAUUGGAGGGAAACCGUUGCUGGAGACGGAUUCCCCCGAGUACGAGCUACCAUCCCUAUAUCCCCCUCGGUACGCCCCUUCCCGACCAUCUUGGCUCGAAUACGAUCGGCAGGUGCUAUGCUUCUACGGCUAUUUCCAGGAGGCCCUCACCGAAGUCGAUCGCUUACCGUACCAGGUGCGUAAAGUACGCAUCUUGUACUACCUCGAGGACGAUACGAUGCAGGUGAGCGAGCCGCGUACGCUCAACUCGGGAAUCCCGCAGGGUUGCUUAGUAACGCGCCAGCGCAUACCGAGACCACCACCAUACGACGGUGCGUUCACCUCUCUGCUCGAUCUCAACAUCAACCAUACGGUUCAGCUAUUCGAUCGAGUCUAUACGAUAACCGGAUGUGAUGAGUUUACGCGACGCUUCCUCAACCGUCUAGGUGUCUCGGUUCCAGCAGCCAUCGACCAGCCAGUCGAUCCUGCCACUGAACUACGUAAGCAGCAAGACUCAGCCAAGCUGGCCAAGCUACCAGCGUACAAGAUCGAUACGCUGGGAAAGUUUCUGCAGUACGAUCGUAAAGUGCUGCGUUUCAACGGACUGUGGGACGACCGUGCGAGCGUGUUUGGUGAUCUGCACCAGCUCGAAGUGCUCUACCACCUCAGCGACGAUACCAUGGAGAUUAAGGAGAAGAUGCCGGUCAAUUCGGGUCGUGACUCGAAUGGCAUGUUUCUACGGCGUGGGCGAUUGCCUCGCCAUUUCGAUCAACUCCCCACAAUGGGUGCUAGCACCCCGGUUACGGUCUUAAACGUGAUUGGUGGGGGUUUGCGCGGUGGCCGCUAUCUGACGGAUUGCGUAGGCAUUGGAAAAACCGACGGUGAUUAUUACAGCGAUGCUGAUCUACGGAUCGGAGCAAGCAUCAAUGUGUAUGGGCGCAGAGUUUUGCUAACGAGCUGUGAUCCGUUCACCGAGCGCUACUAUCGGGAGCUGUACGGUUUGGAGGACUUCACCCCACUCCAUGGAUAUGAUGCCUCCAGAGAACAAUUCGUACCGUACCGACGUACCGAACGAGAGCUGCCCCCGUACAAUGGCUGGGGUUCGCAUGAAGACUCCGAGGGAAAUUGUUUAUCGUUGGAACCAAAGCAACCGAAGAUUGAUUUCCGCAAGUUCGUCGGUUACGAUCGAUGUAGCCUGCGCUUUGGUGCACAGAUGGUCUCAAACGUGCCGGAAAACAAUGAUCGUUUCUUCGUGAUUAGCUAUCACCUGAGUGACGAUACGAUCUCCGUAUACGAGAUACCGAUCCGCAACUCCGGAUUCCGGGGUGGUGAGUUCAUCAAGCGACGCAAACUGUUCCUUCCGAAUCAGGACCUGCGUAAUGCUAGUCGACCCGCUUGCUACAGGCCACAACACUUUUAUCUCGGUGCGGCCGUCCGUUUGCAGGAUCAUCAAUUCCGGCUAACGAAUGCCGACAUCUAUGCACUGCAGUUCAUGGAGCAACACUGUGAAGAAUAUCCUCUCUCAAACGUUGGCAAGAUCGUACAGAAGCUGCGCGAUGCACUUCAGCCGCACUACAAGCAGUACAUUGCGCGCCACAUGGGCAAGGUGGUGCAGAUGAAGAUUGACGGGCAGGUGGUGAGCACGGUCACGUAUGAAUCGCUACGGGAUAUGCUGAUUGAGCUGCUUGGUGAGAGCAUUGUCGAUCAAGAAAUCGUUACGCUUUGUCGCAUGUUUUCGGCUGAAUCGAGUGAACCAGACCGGUGCGAUCGAGAGCUCGUUCGAUCGGCCAUCCAUGCUGAGCUUAAUCGUGCCCUGUGGUGGGAUUUGGAGCGUACCAAGGAGCACAUUUACCACCUGGAACCAUUAAAUCCCGAUUGGGUUACACCGCAGCGUCUCUGUACGAUCAUCAAAGCCUGCAAGCUACCACUGGAUAAUGCAUUAAUCGACAAAAUGCUGCAAAUUUUGAAAAAGAACGAAGCUGGACUGAUCUCGGUGGCUGACUUUAUGAUGAUGAUAAACCCAUCGGCAGUUCCCAGCAAACCGAUCCAACCACUCAAUAUCAAGCACGACGUGUCCUUCUUUACGCCUUACCGCGUGACGGGAAAACUGGUGAACUGGGACCAAUUACUGGCCCACAUUGACCUGGAACGAUCUCUAACGAAUCAAACUUCAUGAACU